CCCGCAUCCAUUUUAUUCUUUGGUGCCAUUUCGCUGUACUACACGUAUGUAUAUCAUACAGUGAUUACUAUGUAGGUAUACUACAUAUGUACUACUAGGUAUUGUAUCCAUGGAUGUACCCGAUAAUUACUGCCUAAUUAGCACCUCUGAUACUACAUACAUAGCACCAUAAAACACCUAACCGGUACCUACAUUAAUAUUAAUCCAUUAUUGUCCUUGACACAUCAUCGACGCGUUAAAUUCAGACAUUGAGACGUUGAACGAGGGUGUUUAACUCUCUUCCCUUCCCUUACCUACCUACCCAGUACCUAAUACUUAGUAUACUCAGAAAGAACGUUGAAAAAAGGAAGAAAGAAGAAGAAGAAGAAUAAUAAUAAUACAACAUUCACUCAAAAUGGUAACAACACGCUCAGCAAGCAAAGCCGCCUCGCCCGCCCCGCGAUUCGCCCCCAAAUCCUCUUCUCCCUCCUCUAGCAACAAACGCAACUCAUCAUCCUCCCGUUCCCGCCUCUGGGCCCACGCACCCUCCCGCCUGACCCUCUUCUGGCUCGCCGUGUCCCUGCCUCUCGUGGCGUGGGACUCGGGGUACGUGCUGCUGCGUCCCCUGACGAUGGAAGGGGGGUCGCUGCACUGGCCGCUGUACACGCCCUACAAGCUGUACGGCGAGGUGGACCACGUGUACGGCUGGAAGGCCUUCAAGGCCGGCAACGGCUUCACCGGCGCCCAGGGCGCCCUCAACGUCCUCGAGACCACCAUGUACCUCGUCUAUUUGUGGCUGUACUUCGCCCGCGGCACCACCGCCGCCGGCGUCAAGACCGGUCGCGGCAACGCAAAGGUCCUCAGUGGGAGACCUGCUGCCAUCGCCGUGUUGACUGCAUUCAGCGCGGCGGUCAUGACCCUGAGCAAGACGGCGCUUUACUGGCUACAAGAGUACUUCUCCAACUACGACAACAUCGGCCACAACAACCUCCAGGACCUAAUCCUCUUAUGGAUCAUCCCCAAUGGCCUAUGGCUCAUUUUCCCCAGCUAUCUUAUCUACGUCAUGGGAAGCGAGAUCGUAGAGGGCUUGACGGCCGCGUCGACGGGGAGGGCGGCCAAGUCCGAGUAGGUAGGUAGGUGAGUUUUCAGGGGGCUUGCCUAUUUAUCAGAUAUAUAUUUAUAUAGAUUGAUAUAUACCUAGCCAGGGUUUUGCAUAAAAACUAUCGAUGAGUGGUGUAAUGGAUUUAAAAGCGAAGCGAAGCGGAGGCGCAAGCUGGGGGGAACACGAAUCUUUGUAUGUAGCUGUGGAGAGCACAUGUCUAUACCAAUUUUCUAGUUAUUGAUAGAUUAUGAGGCUUAAGUGCCGACAAUUAUAUGCCUACCUACCCACCUACUCACCUGUAUAUCAGGUAGGUAUGCCGAAAACUCGAAGGCGGAC